GUAAAUAUUGUCAAUUUAUGGCCCAUGGCUAAUGUCAAUGUAAAUUUGUCAUUUUGAAUGUAACAAUCCUCAUAAAAAUGCCUCCUACAGCAACUAUCAAAAAAGUUUUAAACACAAAAACUUUGAAAAAAGGUCGCCAAAGUAAUAGUCGCGUUGAGGAUGGAGACGACUUAGAAGAAUGGAAAAAGUCCAAACAACUAUUACGCCCAAAAGACCAGCUCGAAUUAAGCGAAGGAGAAUUAAAAGACAUAAUCGCACGACAAUUAGGAACAAAUGACCCUCUAAUUCCGCAAAAUUUAGUCCAAUUCAACUAUGCCCAAGGAGGUUUUGAGUUAAUGCCACCCGCAGGUCCAAUGAUUGUUGUUUAUGAAGCUCAAGGCACCCAAAUUCAUAAAGAAUCAGAGGAAGCAAAAAAACAGGUUGUUGAGCAAGGACUUGACCCUUCAAUUUUGGAAAUAAGUCAAAGUACUGAAACUCUGCAGGUUGAAGAACCAAUUCCGGUGAUACCUGAGGAAGUAAUUGAGAUAGAUGAAGAAGUUACAGCUGAAGAAAGUGAAAGACUGGAGGAGGAAACAGAAGCUGAAGAGGGUGAAGGUGAUGCCGAGGGUGAAGGAGAGGGUGAGGGUGAAGGUGAGAGUGUCAGACCUGACGAUGAAGAUGAGAAGCCCCAAACCAGUGGGAAACCAAAGAAAUUGACGAACCAAUUUAAUUUUUGCGAACGUGCUGCUCUUACGUAUAAUAAUCCAAUGAGAACUCAAGAAACACAAACUAUUCCUCCACCUAUGGGAACUUUUUCGGCUAAUGUUUUACAAUGGAUAAUUUAUGAUGCGUACCAAGAGGAUUUUGAGGCACAACAGUUGGAAAAGGAACUUGAGAGAGAAAGGAAAGAGAAAGAAAAAGCACCAGUUUCGAAACAUGCAGCCAUGGUGAAGAAACUGGUCGGAAAAGCGCAUCAGUUGAGUGAAGCUGUCCAAGGACGGGUUUUAGAAUGUUGGAAGGUUUUGGAACGGAUGGUCAACCAAAAUACCUUUGAUGAUAUAGCUAAAGAUUAUAGAUACUGGGAGGACCCAUCCGAUGAAUUUCGUGAUGAGGAAGGUACUUUGUUGCCUUUGUGGAAAUUCCAUUACGACAAAACUCGAAAAAAUACGGUUACUGAUAUUGAAUGGAACCCACACUAUUAUGACUUAUUUGCAGUUUGUUUCGGUUUCUUGGAUUUCAUGAAACCGUUAGAAGAAGGCGCAGUUUGUCUCUUCACUUUGAAAAAUCCUUCAUUUCCCGACUAUAUCUGCAUGACGGAUUCCGCAGUCAUGUGUGUAGAUACUCAUCCUAAAUAUCCUUACAUGGUGGUAAUAGGAUUAUACGAUGGUAGUGUUAGGGUUUACAACGUUCAAGCCACUUGUAAACAACCUGCCUUUAGAAGCAAUAAUGUCACAAAUAAGCACAGAGGCAUAGUCUGGGAAGUUAAAUGGGCACCUGAUUUGCCCGAUGGUGAAAUGAAUUUUUAUUCGGUGUCGGAAGAUGGUAAAAUCAAUAAUUGGGUUUUAAUGCAAAAUGAUUUAGCUGUGACAACAAUUAUUACUUUGUUUUUGGCUAAAGAUGAGGUUUUUGGGCCGGAUGGUACAAAAUUAAAAGUCAAAGGCUGCGCUUCUUGUGUAAAAUUUCAUCCUAAACAACCUCUCAUCUAUUUGGUUGGGACUGAAGAAGGCAACAUCUAUAAAUGUAGUACCGCUUACAGUUCUAUGUUUCUCCUAACUUACGAGGCGCACCAUAUGCCAGUCUAUAGAAUAGACUUCAAUAGGUACAAUUCCGAUAUUUUUAUAUCGUGUAGCGGUGAUUGGAGGAUCAAAAUUUGGGAAGACAACAGAUUGGAGCCACUUUUCGUUUUUGAUGUCGGAGCUUGUGUUGGUGAUGUAAAAUGGGCCCCUUAUUCCUCCACUGUCUUUGCAGCAGUAACCAGUGAAGGGAAAGUUUACGUUUUUGAUUUAAAUGUAAAUAAAUACAAACCGAUUUGUGUCCAAGCCAUUGUAUCCAAACGGAGGAACAAACUGACAAGGAUUUCCUUUAAUCCGAAAUUGCCUAUUAUAAUUGUUGGAGAUGACAAAGGAUGUGUACAAACUUUAAAACUGUCACCUAAUUUAAGAAUUCCUUGCAAAGCACCGAAGAAACAACAACAUUUGGAUCAAUGGACCCUUCAGUGUAUGAAGUUAGACAAACUGUUGUCCCUAGUAAGAGAACCAGGAGCGCUAGACCUUCCUGAGGAUACGGCAGAGUCAAUAGAAUCAUAAAUAAGCGUAUUUUAUCGGUAAACUUUAUUAACAUUGAAUAAACUUCUACAUAAAUAUUUAAACAAUAUUUUUUAACAAAACGCUUUGGCACAUAGUCGUGUAACAUAAUAUAGAGUUCACAUUUGAAGAAUUGAGCAACUAAUUAGGUACAAUAGUCAUUAAAUAACAACCUCUUGUUUAGUAAAAGUGAUUGAACAAAAUACUUUCGUACAUCUU